ACGAAUCAGUCUUAGAGGAAAACUCUAAAAGCAAGGCUGAGUUAUGAAUAUAUGUGUAUCCUCAAUACUGGUAGUGGUGACCAUUUUAUCUUUGCCUGCCUACUCCGUGGCAGAUGGAGAUAACCACCUAAAUGAGAACUUAAAUGAAGCGACGGUGAAGAAAACUAAGGAUGGCUGGCAAUGUGCCGGUGUAACGUGCCCUAAAAAUAUUACGGCAUCUUGUAGGGUAACCAAGGUCCUAAAGCCAUCUAAGCUACAGCACACCGAACUCCUAAUUUUAUGCAUGGAUAAACAGGGUAAACCGAGGUGUGGGAUUACGCGAACUCGGAAAGGCGUAAUACAGGAGGUUUUAAACGUGGACGAGGACGGAAAUACGAUAUAUGACAAAAAGGAGGUUAUUUCGGAGAACGAUGGUACUAAAAUUCCUCGGUGCCCACGAAAAUAAAUGUUGUGCCCUGAUCGAUUUCACACAAAUAUAUUUUAAAUACACAAGGUAUUUAUCUGUUAAGUGUUAUGGACUAUAAAGUAAUUACACCUUAUUUUGGCAAC